GAGUAUCAACACAUACGAAGAAUGGAUAUCGUUUCAGCCUUUGUCAUUUCCAUGGUUUUUAGUGAGCUUGUUUUUGUCUGUCAUUCCAAUCCAGUUUGUCAACCAAUUUAUCCUAAGUAUGAGAUCCCAGUGUACAAAGAAGACAGAGACAACGUGCAUUUUGCACAGAACUUGGAGUUCUUGGAAGCAGAAUAUUUUUCGUGGGCUUCCAAGGGAUAUGGUCUUGAUGUAAUGGCACCAUAUUUAACCAAGGGAGGACCUCCUCCUAUUGGUGCCCAAAGAGCAAAUCUUGAUGAUCUCACAUACAGGAUUAUCGAGGAAUUUGCCUACCAAGAAAUUGGUCAUCUAAGGGCAAUUGACAAAACAGUGGGCGGUAUUCCAAGACCUUUGAUGGAUCUUAGCCGUGAAAACUUUGCAAAAUUAUUUGAUGAAGCAGUUGGAUACAAACUGGAGCCCCCAUUUGAUCCCUACAGGGACAGCUUGAGCUACAUGCUAUCUUGCUAUGUUAUUCCAUAUGUUGGAAUGAAUGGCUAUGUUGGCAUGAAUCCACAGCUCAAAGGCUAUGCCGCGAAACAUCUUGUGGCAGGACUAUUGGGAGUUGAAGCAGGGCAAGAUGCAGUGAUUCGUAUGUACCUUUAUGAGAGAGCUGACGAAGUAGUAUUGCCUUAUGAAUACACUGUGGCCUACUUUACAGAUCGCAUUUCAAAUUUAAGAAACCAAUUGGGAAUGUGCGGAAUCAAAGAUGAAGGCAUUUAUGUCCCUUUAGAACUUGGAGCUGAAAAUCGAACAGAAAGUAACGUCUUAUCUGCUGACUAUUAUUCCCUCUCUUACCCAAGAACUCCGCAAGAGAUUCUCAGGAUUGUACACAGCACGGGUAGUGAGCAUAUGCCUGGUGGAUUCUAUCCCCACGGCGCUAAUGGGAGGAUUGCCAGAGAAUUGCUUCAAGAUCCAUGAAAUAUGAAAUAUCACGUGAUAUGAAUCAAUAAAUAAUGUAGAUAAUCAGAGCAUAACCCGCUAUGUAAGCCAAGCAACAAUCAACACAACUCAAAUGAAGAUCAUGGAUAAUCAAUAAAUAAAGUAGAUGAGCUUCCAUACAAUAACUCAAGGA